AUGAGGAAGAUGCGGACUCUCUUUGGCUUUGUGCAUUGCUGCUGCUGCUGCUUCUUGCUCCUGCUGCCUCCUCCACUCUGGGUCAGCCUGGCCGCGGCCAAGCAGCUGCUGAGGUACCGGCUGGCCGAGGAAGGACCUGCCGACAUCCGCAUAGGCAACGUGGCUUCAGACCUGGGCAUCGUAACGGGCUCUGGAGAGGUGACAUUCAGCCUGGAGUCGGGCUCCGACUACCUGAAGAUCGAUAACAUGACCGGGGAGCUGAGCACCACUGAGCGGCGCAUAGACCGCGAGAAGCUGCCGCAGUGCCAGAUGAUCUUCGAUGAGAACGAGUGCUUCCUGGACUUCGAGGUCUCGGUAAUCGGCCCUUCGCAGAGCUGGGUGGACCUCUUCGAGGGCCGGGUCAUCAUCCUGGACAUCAACGACAACACCCCCACUUUCCCCUCGCCUGUCCUCACCCUUACCGUGGAGGAGAACCGGCCCGUAGGGACCCUCUAUCUGCUCCCCACUGCCACCGACAGAGACUUCGGUCGCAACGGCAUCGAGCGCUACGAGCUGCUGCAGGAGCCCGGCGGCGACGGGGGCAGACGCGGAGGAGGGGGGUCGGCUUCUGCAGCUGAGAGCGCCCUCUACCCCGGCGGCAGUAAGAGGAGGCAGGAGCCGGACGGGGCGGCCCGCAGCAGCGUGUUCGAGCUACAGGUGGCCGACACCCCUGAUGGGGAGAAGCAGCCGCAGCUGAUUGUCAAAGGGGCGCUGGACCGAGAGCAGAGGGACUCCUAUGAACUGAGCCUGAGGGUGCGGGACGGCGGCGACCCGGCCCGCUCCUCCCAGGCCAUCCUGAGGGUACUGAUCACCGACGUGAACGACAACAGCCCCCGCUUUGAGAAGAGCGUCUACGAGGCGGACCUGGCGGAGAACAGCAGCCCCGGGACCCCCAUCCUGCAGCUGCGGGCCGCCGACCUGGACGUGGGGGUGAACGGGCAGAUCGAGUACGUCUUCGGGGCGGCCACCGAGUCGGUGCGGCGCCUGCUGCGGCUGGACGAGACCUCGGGCUGGCUCAGCGUCUUGCACCGCAUCGACCGGGAGGAGGUGAACCAGCUCCGCUUCACCGUCAUGGCCCGGGACCGGGGCCAGCCGCCCAAGACCGACAAGGCCACGGUGGUGCUGAACAUCCGCGACGAGAACGACAACGUGCCCACCAUCGACAUCCGCAAGAUCGGCCGCAUCCCGCUGAGGGACGGGGUGGCCAGCGUGGCCGAGGACGUGCUGGUGGACACCCCCAUCGCCCUGGUGCAGGUGUCCGACCGCGACCAGGGCGAGAACGGCGUGGUGACCUGCACGGUGGUAGGGGACGUGCCCUUCCAGCUCAAGCCGGCCAGCGAGGGCGAGGGGGAGCCUCAGAACAAGCGCAAGUACUUCCUGCACACCUCGGCCCCGCUCGACUACGAAGCCGUCCGUGACUACAACGUGGUGAUCGUGGCCGUGGACUCGGGCAGCCCCAGCCUGUCCAGCAACAACUCGCUGCUGGUGCGGGUGGCGGACACCAACGACAACCCGCCGCUGUUCGGCCAGGCCGUGCUGGAGGUCUCCUUCCCGGAGAACAACUCGCCUGGGGAGAGGGUGGCCACGGUGGCGGCCACGGACGCGGACAGCGGCAAGAACGCCGAGAUCUUCUACUCGCUGGAGCCCUCUCCCCUCUCCUCGGAGGCGCCCGGCGGCAUCUUCAGCAUCGACCCGGACUCCGGGGACGUGCUGGUGCAGGCGGUGCUGGACCGCGAGCAGUGCGACACCUACGAGUUCCAGGUGACGGCCCGGGACAAGGGGGUGCCGGCCCUGCAGGGCUCCACCACAGUGGUGGUGCGGGUGGCCGACCGCAACGACAACGAGCCGCGCUUCAUGCAGGACGUGUUCACCUUCUACGUGAAGGAGAACCUGCAGCCCAACAGCCCCGUGGGCAUGGUGACCGUGAUGGACGCCGACCGGGGCCGCAACGCCGAGCUCAGCCUCUCCAUCCAGCCCGGGGAGCAGGACCAGGCCGCCGGCAUCUUCUCCAUCGAGAACGACACCGGCACCAUCUACUCCACUGUCUCCUUCGACCGGGAGCAGCAGACCAGUUACACCUUCAAGGUCAAGGCGGUGGACGGAGGGGAGCCGCCCCGCUCGGCCACCGCCACAGUCUCCCUCUUUGUGAUGGACGAGAACGACAACCCGCCCGCCGUCACUUUCCCCAGCAACAGCUCCUACACCGUGCUGCCCCCCUCCAGCAACCUGCGCACUGUGGUGGCCACCGUGCUGGCCACCGACGCGGACACGGGCCUCAACGCCGACCUCAACUUCAGCAUCGUCGGGGGCAACCCCUUCAAGCUUUUCGAGAUCGACCCGGCCAGCGGCGUGGUGUCGCUGGUGGGCAAGCUGGCCCCCAAGCACUAUGGCCUGCACCGCCUGGUGGUGCAGGUGAACGACAGCGGCCAGCCGCCCCAGUCCACCACCGCCUUGCUCCACGUCUUCGUCAACGAGAGCCUCUCCAACGCCACCGUGGUGGAGAGCCAGGUGGCCCGCAGCCUGCACACGCCCCUGGCCCAGGACAUCGCCGGCGACCCCAGCUACGAGCUGAGCAAGCAGCGGCUCAGCAUCGUCAUCGGGGUGGUGGCCGGAAUCAUGACGGUGAUCCUGCUCAUCCUGGUGGUGGUCAUGGCCCGGUACUGCCGCUCCAAGAGCAAGCACGGCUACGAGGCGGGCAAGAAAGACCACGAGGACUUCUUCACCCCGCAGCAGCACGAUAAGGCCAAGAAGCCCAAGAAGGACAAGAAAGGCAAGAAGGGCAAGCAGCCCCUCUACAGCAGCAUCGUCACCGUGGAGGCCUCCAAGCCCAACGGGCAGCGCUACGACAGCGUCAACGAGAAGCUCUCCGACAGCCCCAGCAUGGGCCGAUACCGCUCGGUCAACGGCGGCCCGGGCAGCCCGGACCUGGCCAGGCAUUACAAAUCCAGCUCGCCGCUGCCCACUGUCCAGCUUCACCCGCAGUCCCCCACCGCCGGGAAAAAGCACCAGGCCGUGCAGGAACUGCCCCCGGCCAAUACUUUUGUGGGGGCAGGAGACAACAUCUCCAUUGGAUCGGACCACUGCUCCGAGUACAGCUGUCAGGCCAGCAGCAAGUACAGCAAGCAGGUGGAUACAGUGCAGACUACGCAGCCCCCUGGCCACAUUGAGGAAUCGUGUAAAAUGAAUCCAUUUCGUAGAGUGACGUUUUCUGUUGUGAGUCAGCCUCAGGACCCACAUCAAGGGUCAUUGCAGAGUUGCUAUGACAGCGGUCUGGAGGAGUCAGAAACACCAAGCAGUAAGAGUUCAUCAGGGCCAAGACUGGGUGCCCUUCCACUCCCAGAGGACAACUACGAAAGGACUACGCCGGAUGGCAGUGUUGGUGAGGCAGAGCAUAUGGAAAAUGACUCGAGGCCUCUACCAGAUGUAGCCCUGACAGGGAAAUGUACUCGAGAGUGUGAUGAAUAUGGUCACUCGGACUCCUGCUGGAUGCCAGUUCGCACUUCGCCUGAAAGGAAGCAGAAGAGCCAGCCAAAACUCUCCACCUUCAUGCCCGUUGAUGAACGGGGCAGUCAGGAAAAGCUGGCCAAUGGAGAAGCCUCCCUCAUGGGUGAUCGCAACAGAAACCUCCUGAACAAAAAGUUGACCUCAUCCUAUGAGACCUUCAACGCAGCUAGCUUCAGCAAAAAUGAGGAAGCCAAUCCAGAGGAUAUCCCCCUUACACAGACAGGGGAAUACAAGCCAUCUCCUGUCAAUACUCUAACUAGAAGAGAAGUUUACCUGUAG